CUCCUUGCAAUGCUGCAAAAGCGUCCGGAAACGAUACGUGGGGUAGAAGUUCAGCUGCAGACCCAAAGCUUUCAACUGCGGCCUAAAAGGUUGGUUAGUAAUAGGACUAUUGCGAAGUCCAACCUGAUGAAUUUCUGACCUGGUGGGAAAAUGACGCGACAGGGCCGAGGAAUGCGACCUUGAGAGGCUCCAUGGCAGCGCUAUGAGGACUUCGGAGAUCCACUGGGUUUGAGUUGCUUGCCUCACGAUUUUGUACUCCUGCCAAGAGGUUGUGAGUUGUUCCUUUCCACAGCUGCGGCUGACAUAACUAGUCGAAAUUUGAACUCGUUUAAGCCCGUGUAAUCAUCUCCAAGUUGUUUGUUUUUGAUGGUUCAUUCUGUCCACCAGGGCCUGGUCAUCUUAUCAAUUGGACCAAAUGCGCAUGUUCAAUUUGAAUACCAGACGGAUGCGACUAUUACUGCGUUCAUGGCAGCAGCAGCAACAACAACAACAGCAAUGGCGGAUACUGCCGGCUUCAUCUCGUGCAUGUUCGUCUCUUUCCGAAAGGCUACAUCGAGAUUUGACAUCACGACAGCUCCCCUUGACUUUUGAUUAUCUACAUCCCCAGCCGUCAUACCUCCUGAGCUUGACUUUGGCCGAACUCCUUCCCACGCUAACCCCAGCGCCAAAGGAGCUUCCUUCCGCACACAGCAGACUUCCCGUGCCAGCAGGCCACCACCUAGUCUACUUUCCUCCCCAGGUCACAUUGCCGCAGAUCCUUCCAGACGGUACGGACACCUUACACUCCCCAGGGAGUCCCUUUGAUAGGCGCUUGUGGGCUGGUGGAAGUGUCAGGUUAUCCACUCCGAAAGGCCUGGUUCUAAAUGGCAGCCGAGCCGUUUGUAUCGAAACAAUUCGUGACGUGGUAAUGAAGGGCCGGUCAGGCGAAGAAAAGGUUAUGGUCAGGAUUGAAAGGCGGAUCGGCACAGUUCAAGAGGGCGAAGACCAUCGCGAUAUUAAAGAGCGGAUAUGGAAGGAAACCGAGGAAGACGUUGGCGAUGCUUGUGUCAUUGAAACCAGGAAUCUAUUGUUUAUGCGCAAGAAAACUCCUGAGCAAUUAAGUCAUGACAAGGCUGGUUUUGACAUGGAAAAUAGGGCCAUAAAAUGUGCGAGCUACCUCGAAGAUCACCAUAAGUUACAAUUGACUGUCACACACAUUGAGUAUAGGAACAUAGCUCCUCUAUAUGUUGAUGAGGAGUUAGCAGUAUGCGGGAAACCCAAAUCGGGAAAGGGCUUCACAAGCUGGGAUGUCUGGAUUGAGGGUAAGGACGGACGACUGGCCUUUUGGGCUGCUCCUCCUGUUACUAGAACACUCACUGCACUUACCUUUAUACAGUCUAUACUGGUACAUGGUGGCCUUCUCAGCGGUUACUAUGUACUGUUCCUUCGCCGCCUUGUCUUCAAGACGCUACCAGAGAUAUGGAGGCUGUUCUCGCCGUUCAUGGUCACUGGACCAGGCCUUUCUCUGAUCUUUGAUCUAUACUUCAGUAUGGCUUUUGCGCUUCGCCUGGAGACUGAAUCUCCCCGGUUCAGCGCACCUGGUGACUUUUUCACUUAUGUGUUCUUCGUAGCAUCCAUUAUCAUGGUAAGUUCGUUGAUCCUGGCAUUCGUUUACACGUAUUCCCAAGACAACCGAGGAAAAAAGGCGAGCUUUUUCAUCGUCCAAAUACCCGUUGAGUUCUUACCUUGGGCAAUGCUCACAUUAACGCUGGUCGUUUCCGGAUGGCCUGCGGCAUUGAGAGACGGCAUGGGCAUAGUUGCUGCCCACUUCUACGAUUUUCUCACCCGUAUAUAUCCAACUUUCGGAGGUGGUAAGAAUUACCUCGUCACUCCAGCGUUUGUGAGGCGGUUCUUUGCUGCCCGUAAGCCGCGGGGCGAAGCUCGCGCCUUUGGGACCGCCUAUCGUGCGACGGACCAAACCCAGGGUUCUUCGGGAAGCUGGACUUCAUCCUUUCAGAGUCCUUGGAGCAGAAGAGGGCCAGGAAGAAGACUUGGUGGUGACUAAGUAGGCAUGUCGUUCCUGCCAGGUUGAUCAGUCGCUCAAAGUCUAAAGUGGGGAAUCCUGCUCAAGCGAGCAAUGUAUACUACAAUUGUAUUCAACUUGAUGCUGAAGCCAAGGGCUCAAGAAGUACGACUGUCAGCUUCUUGCAGAUAUCUGAAGUCGUUUUGAUGCUCAGAAUGAGUUAAUAAAAGAGAGGUAGCAGAUCUACAAGUAAGCACAACACAGGUAGACCGAU